CUCACUGACACGGCUGAGAAACUCUACAGUCACAAACAUACCAACAGAUUUUAUUACUUCAACAAUGUCCUUCCGAGCACCUGUGUGUGUAAUUGGCGGCCAAGGAGGUAGUUCCUUUGCAUUUACCGGUGAGACAAAUGGUGCCAUUUUAGAAAAAAUUGGGGUUUGGGUGGGGGGAUGGCAAGUGAAAGGUGUCGAGGUCUGGCUUUCUGAUGGGAGAAACCAAACCUUUGGAGAACCAGUUGGACCUUAUCAAGAGUACAAAUUCCAGCCAGGUGAGAGUUUCACCUCACUGUCCCUGUGGGGAAAUGGAGCCGGAACGCGUCUUGGGGGCAUUCGUUUCAAGACCACCCUCCAAAAGGAAUUCUUUGUGAAAAUGACAAGCUGGGGAUUAAAAACAGAAUACCCUAUGGAUGUUGGCUCUGGAUAUUGUCUGGGUGUUCUAGGAAGAGCUGGUGCAGACAUUGACAGUAUGGGAUUUGUGUUUCUCAAUGCUAUUGAAUCGGCAGAGCUUACUGAUGUCAACUAUCCCACUAUUAACCAAAUGAUACCACAGGUGGCAGUGGAAGAAAUCAAAUCUGUAACUUACAUAAAUGAGUCAUCCAUCAGUCAAAAGCAAAAAAUUGAAAGCUCAAAAAAAAUAUCCAAAACAUCCUCAUGGUCUCAAAAAAUAAGCUCUUCGUUAACAAUUUCGAUGGAAGUAAAGGCUGGUAUUCCGGGAAUUGUUGAAGUUUCAGCAGGAUUCAGCUUUACCAAUGGGAAAGAAAGCAGUUAUGGACGGGAGCAUACGGAGGAUAGAACAGAAACUGUGUCAUCUGAAAUAGAAAUUCCACCCGGGAAGAAGGUGGUUGUUGAUAUCGACAUUGGCAGAUGCAGUUUUGACCUGCCAUACACUGGCACAAUGAAAAUUAAGUGCCGGAAUCAAAGUGUGUUACAAUAUAAAACCGAGGGCAAAUACAAAGGUCUAACUUACACUGAUAUAAAGGUUCAUGCUAAAGAGUUUAAACUUUGAUAGCUAAAACGAUUGAGAAAUCAAAUAUGAUUUAAUUUGACUGAUUAAUUUAUAAUCAGUGAUCACACAUGUUUUGUUUGAUUUUAAAUUUUCUUGGGUGUUGGGAAUGGAGAAAUGUUUUAUUCUGUUCAAUCUUAGAUCAAGGUUUCAAGCUCUUUCCAAAAACUGUGACAAUUCUCUCUUUUUGUGAAUAAAUAUACAAACAACAUUGUUAUGUUAAUAUUUUUCAUUGUGUUUUAAAGUUUUGUUGUCAGUAAAUUGCACGUACAAUGCCACAUCCCAUUGUAUAACAAAGAAAAUUCCACAUGCAUCAACAAGAAAAAGAAACUACAGAGAGUACUUAAACAUCAUACACAAAU